AUGAGCAGCGCUGCCCCUCCAGCAGCGGCGAAGGCCCAGAGGAGACUUGACAAAUCUUUCGCUGUGGCAGCGGCGACCGCCGUCGCCGAAGGCAGAGUGCCGCCGACGCAUUGGGGCGAUACCGAAGAGCUCUGUCGGCAGUUUCCUGCAGACAGCCCUGACGUCCAGGAUCUCAAUGCCAUCUCACAUCAGCAGCUCCCUCUCCCAGACGGGGCCGUCUGCCGCUACCUCUGCUUCGUCCAGCAGCCUCUAAAUGUCGAAUGCUUUAUUGGCGCUGUCUGCCGAAAUGGUGUCUGGGAGUCAUCGAAGUUCAGAGAGGCCCUGCCCGAGCCUGCUCCGGCUGGCAGCAAUUCUCUCCUCUGGACUCGCCAUGCCUUCCGCUGCUGCCUCUCGCCAGGGGCUGCACCCUGGUGGCACCAGCCGCGACGCCAGCAUCAGAAGCAACUGGCGUUGCGGGAGUGCAUUCUCCUUUUGUAUCCUAAGGAGGGAGAACCCCUCCCCAAUUUGAAUGACGUCAUUGAGAUUGUCGAACUGCGACUGCAAGGCCCCCAGAACGAGUGGCCAAGGGGCCUCCCAGUUGCGGAUCCAUGCAUUCCUUCUUCAGUGGCGUCUGAGGCGAGACCUCCAUGGGAAAGAUUCACCUUUACUUGUGAGCUUUGCGAUGCCUUAGCUCUCGCUGCAGCACCCUACGCCGGUGCCACGGGACUGCAUGAGGCUCCAAAGGCCAACCCAAAAAGCGCCUUUGCUACUUCCACUUAUUGGAGUUGCGCUCUUCUUGUCUGUUUCGAAGGCGACGCCGUUGCAGCAGAGUAUGCCCUUUUGACCCUGUGCUCGCGGCCGUCGUUGCAGCAGCAACAGGAGGGAGGGUCUGCCGAGGACUGCCCUGUUGCUGGGCCUCCUGUUGCCACGACAGAGGCCUGCGUAUGCUCCCUCCACACGGCAGCUACUCGGCGGCUCCUCAAUGCGUGCCGCGAGCUAGUGCCGUUCGCGGCUCUGGUGUCUGCACAUGAAGAGGCCCUAGUGAUGCAUGCGCUUGGACCUCACCUGCAGCUCGCAGAUGAUGACCUCAGCGAAGACUUACUAUCUGCGGCGCCUCUUCAGCUGCCUCCUGGCUGCGCGUUGAUAAUCGAUCAGCCUCACUCUCUCGAGAGAAGGCGCCUUAAUGCCUUCGUGAGGCAACGUUGUGCAGUAGCAGCAGCUACGACCAAGAAGGAAUGGGAGCAACAACAGCAGCAACAACAGAAAGAACAGCAGCAACAGCAACAAAAAAUUGGCGCCAACCUUGCCGCAUUGCAGAUGCUGAUAGCAGACGGCGCGGUGCCAUAUGACUUUCUGACCGGCGUCCGCUCCAUUGAGACAGACUGCUGUGUCUUGUUGGUGACGCAUGAGGAGAGCGUCUCGCAUUUUGAAGGCUUAGUAGACGUGCCGAUACAUCCCACGGAAGGCUGGAAGUCAAGCGACGAAAUGAGGCAGCGGCAGGAGAGGAGCCGGUUGGAGGAACUUCGGCAGUAUGUUGCUGCUGCAAGAGGAGGAUCUAGAGUCGUCCAGCUACACGAGGAGCUGAGGGAGAGGGCAAUUUCUGAUUUUGUAAAAAAGCGGCAGCUAUAUGAUGACGUUUCGUCAAGCGAUUUCGAGCAUUGGGUUUUAGUGGCCGCAGCCGUCGCCGCGUCGCACGGCAGCUUCAUGACGAAUGAAGAAGAGGAAGCCAAAGGAGAAAACGCGGCAGGGACGCACACAAAGCGAUGCGCAAACGAACAAACAGUCACAGCAGCAGGAGAGAGGCCCUCUGCUGUCUUGGUCAAGCUGGAACAUUGGGAGAAGGCGCAGGCACUAGAAGAUGAAAGAAGGAGCAGACUGAGAGCUCUCAAAAGGAGGCAAGAAGCUAAAGAAGAGAAGGAUAGGGAUCGGCACGAGGCCGAGGAAGCGCUCGCCUCGCAUACAGCCAAACUGUCCAUCGUCUGA